CACACAUAUAUAUCCAUAGUGAUAUUACGCACCUUGUUGACCAUAUUCGUCUGCUGUAUCUUGACCUUGAGCAGCUUCUCGACCGUGUUCUGCACGAUCUUGCGCCGCUCCUUCAUGCCGCCCGCGAAGGCGGCCAACGGCUCCUCCAGCUCGCUCUUCAUCUGGGCUGCUAUCCCGGCGUGCUGCUUCGCCAUCGACUCGACCUCCCCUCGCACGGUGUCUAGCGACCCCCGCAGGCUGCCCAUCUCGUGCGUGCCGAGGGACUUGCGGCUCAGCGACAUGAGCUUGCGGGCGUAUUCGUCUUCGAUGGAGGCACGGGCUGUGGAGGGAUUUUGUUAGAUAUUUCUUAUUUAUCUCUUUUUUUCAUUUUGGUGGGAGUAUUUUUGAAGGUAGGUAGGCAGGUUUGUGGGUGG